AUGGCCAGGAAUGGACCUCAGUCCCCAGCAGAGCAGCGUGCUCAUGCUCGCGAAGCCCUCUCGGAAUAUAUCGUGAAGCGCUUCGUACCUACUCAGCUCUGCUACGGACCCGAUGGCAGGCUUACGAAGCUUGAUUGGACCCGUGCCGAGGUCGCUGAUGCACCAAAAGUCCCAAACUCCGAGAUACAACUCCUAGUCGAGCAGCUGAGUCAGGCGGUGCCUGUGACGCACAAGAUUGCUGAUCUCCCGGAAGAACAGCAACGACUGAUCCAACAAGUGUUAAGCGAACUCCAAGAGACUGAUGAUGAGUGGUUUCAAACAGAGCUGGUCCAGCUGGACGACCAGCGUGAGAUACUGGUGAAGGAAAAGAUUAAAGAAGAGAAGAGCGAUAGCAGAAAGAAGGGAAGUGAGAAAAGCAAAAAAUCGUCGAAGCACCGAACCGAGAAGGUUGAGAUGGAAUACAUCCAAGGUGAACGCCUCAGCCUGACAGCAUACUACAAGCGGUCUCUGCGACCUAACCGGGAUCCUUUUGAAUAUAUGAAGAUCGAAAAAGAAGAACAAAAGGCCCGAAGGGGACAGCUCAAGAGGCAGCAGCUAGCACAAAUCCCUCCUCAUUUUGCUGGGCAACAGCCAGCAGCGUAUCCACCACAUCAGCAACAACAGCAGGUCUGUUCUCCUCAGCAUCAGCAACAUCAGCAGCAGGUGUAUACUCCUCAAACGCAACCUCAAGCUUCAGCCCCAGCCCAAGCCCCAGCCCAAAUUCAUCCACAACAACAUGGACAAUCACAGCCUGCCGUGUCUCAACAGUCUUCAGUUCAACGACAACAACUGCAACCGAUACCUGCGCAGGCUCCUCCAGUAGGAGCCCAUGGCCAUGGCCAGGCUCCCAACCAGCCACGACAAGUUCCAGGCCAAGCGCUACACCACCCAGGUCAACAACCUGGGCAGAACCCUCAAGUUCAACGGCUUCCCCAUCUCUCUCCUGGCGUAGCAGGUGCUAUUACUCAACCUGGUGGCCCUCGGCCGGGUCAGGGCCCCCCAGGAGUCCAUGCUGGCAUUGGCGCUGCGGUCCCUCCCCCUCCUCCCCCCGCGGGUCUGCAGAGACAGGGCGGUGGUGUGCAGUACCCAACGACUCGGCAGAGACGGCACACGCUGCAGAUCCCUCCCAAGUCAGUCCUGAAGCAUACCUCAUCCCGGAACACGGUUCAACGGCACCGGUUCUCGACUUCCUACCGUGACUCGUCCUCCGGCACUGACUUGUCAGACUCAUCAUCCAUCUUUUCCAAUCACGAGGCCGAAUACAGCAGCUCCGAAUCCUCGUGGUUUCCUUCAUCGCCUUCUAGCGACAGUGGAAAAGAGAUCCACAACGCUCGCAAGAGGCGCUCUCACUCCGCAACAACCUGCCCAGCCAGAAGCUUGAACUACCGCCUUGACACUGAUGAGCUAAGACGACCGCCACCCCGGCUCAACAUCAAGCCACAUGUGUCGACUUGGCCAAACUCCCACAUCCCCCAUCCCUCAGGCCAGACCUACUCCAGGCCUCCUCUUUCAGGUCAUGGGGCAUUCCAUUUGGCCUCUCUUGCUGACCCAAUCAGCCCGGCGAGCACCCCGUCCUCAACCAUUCCUCCUCCAGUCCCCCAGCCACCGCUUGACCCAGGCGCCAUUUACAGCCGGGCUUAUGAAGCCGGCAGGGAGGCAGAGAGGAGGACAUAUGAAGCUUGCCGUGAGGCAGAGAGGAAGCAAGUGAUUGAGAUGGCUGAGCGGAUUGUUACCGAUGCUAUGGUUAAAGUGAUGGAGACAACGGCGAAUAUAAAUCGGGGGAAUGUCCCGAUUUCCACGGCUGCUGCAGCCGCUCCUGCGCCUGCUAAUGUUCCAGCUCAAGCUCCUACUGCUGUGCCUGUUGCGCCGGUUGUGACAACCAUAACUGGGGUUCCUCCUCCAACGGCGCAUGCCCCGACAGUAGCCCAGCCGACAACAGCUUACGCGACAGCGGCUCAAGCAAUACCUCAGGCAGUACCGCCGACGGCUCCUCAACCGGUGAUCAUCCAGAACCAUCCUCAGCCCACCUUCACUUGGGAGAGAUCCCGCUGGAAUGAGCGCGACGCCGACCAGCAGACAUAUGCUGCCGUCAAGGAGGUUCACGCCCCUGUGAGGGACCAUAGGGGCUACAAUUCUCGUGAGCAAGCCAAUUACUACUACUAUCAUGAACGGACGAGAUAUCCUCCAGGGCAGGAGCCUGCUGUUGUUGAUACGCGCAGAGAUACGUAUGCUCCAGAAAGGGAACCCCCGGUCGACAGAGCGAGAGACAUGUACCCUCCUUCAGCGCCAAGAUCCACACGUGCCGACGACCUGGAGCCAGUCGACAAAGGCAGAGAUAGAUACUCCUACCCACCUGGAAGAUCACUCUCUUCUCGACAAUCAAGUCUAAGCAGGGACUCCUACCACUUCGACAGGGACAAGGAGAGGCGCUUCGACCCAGGCCUGGAUCGGAUCCGAUCUGGCAUGAGACACGUCACAAUCGGCGAUCCGGACCGGGACCGCACAGCCCCAUACCACCUACCAUCGCCGCCAACAUCAGGGAGGGCAACCCCUGCCCCUCCUCCAAUCGAGAGGCCAGCGGAUGGGAUCAAGCGGAUCAAUGUCAAUGUGCCGCUUGACCGGAGGGAGAACCUCAACCUGCAGGUGAAUACUGGUUCCGGGAGUGGACGGUACCGCAUCGAGAGAUUACUGGAGGGCGAGAGAGUGUUGGAUCGGGAGAAGAAGUUGAGGGCAAGGGGAGCAGGGGGUUCGAGGGUUGAGUUGAGGAGCCUUUGGGAAUGA